AAUUACUUGGCUGGGGUCACACAGGGGGAGUGAGAGAAGCUUUGGCCCAGGAUUUCAGCGCAUAAAAGAAAUUGGCCUGUGGUUGGAAGCGUUCAUAUCCAUUCAGGAAACAAACUAACUCAUGAAAUUUGGUUCCAACUCAGGGAAAAAUAGACCUUCAGUUUUCAGAAGUCAGGGAAGAUAAUAAAAAGGAAGAAUCAUAAAAAAAGCAAAAACUACUGGCUAUGACAUCUCAGACAUUGAGAUAGUAGAUGAGGAGUGUGAACCUCAAAGAAAUGAAAUGUCUUCCCCAGGACCACAUAGAUACUGUCCCUAUGUGUGAAUCAAAGUCAGGGGACAUGAAAAUGAAGGAAAAAGACUUGGAGAGUGGGUGUGACUUGCACCAGCUUCACUGGUAUGAAAAGUACCUCCAGCCCUGCAUAGUGGAGCUGCUGGGCUCAGCUCUGUUCAUCUUCAUUGGCUGCCUGUCGGUCAUUGAGAAUGCUGAAGGGGUUGGUCGGCUGCAGCCUGCACUGGCACAUGGGUUGGCCCUUGGCAUCACCAUUGCCUUUUUGGGAAAGAUCAGUGGUGGUCAUUUCAAUCCAGCAGUUUCGUUGGCUGUCAUGUUGAUUGGAGGCCUGAAUUACAUGAUGCUCAUCCCAUACUGUGUCUCCCAACUGUGUGGAGGGAUCAUAGGAGCUGCUUUAGCCAAGGCGGUGAGCACAGAAGAGAGGUUCUUAAAUGCUUCUGGGGCAGCCUUUACAACCAUUAGAGGGGCUGACCAGGUGGGUGGUGCUGUGGUAGCUGAGGUCAUCAUGACAUUGUUACUGCUCUUGACCGUCUGUAUGGCAGCCGUCAACGAAAAGAGCAAGAGCCCACUGGCUCCAUUUUGCAUUGGCUUUGCUGUGACUGUGGACAUCCUAGCAGGAGGGGCUAUAUCUGGAGCCUGCAUGAAUCCUGCCCGAGCUUUUGGGCCUGCCGUGGUGGCCAGCUACUGGCAGUACCAAUGGGUGUACUGGGUGGGGCCACUGGCAGCCAGCCUGAUCACAGGAAUACUGAUAAGGGUUCUCAUUGGCGAUCAGAAUAUCCGCCUGUUUCUAAAACACCUGUAAAGCAACUGUCUGUUGUAUGGACACAGGACCACUGCUUUGCCCAUGGAUUCUUCUCAUCUUGGCUUGGCUUAGCCUGGAAUAAUGAAGGGGAGAGCCUCUCGUGGAUGGGACCUGCUCUGCUCUGCCAGGGCAAAUGUCUCCCACCUUGGGGAAUGAUCCUGCCCUGGGUCUCCCCUGUGAUUUCCCAAGACUUCAUUCCAGCACCUGGCUGGUCAGAUGGACAGAUAGUCUGUUUUGUCUCCUAGUGUGGCCAAAAGCACACAGACUGACACACCAGCUUUGGGAUGCUCCCUGCAUGCUGUGUCCUGUUUUUCUACCUUAACGCCUCAUUUUCCUUCCUGUUAAAGGACUGCUGAAUCAUACCUCUCUGGCUGCUGGAUAGCGAUUUGUUGUAGGGAAGGUUCUAGAAAAAGCCUAAGUAGUGUUAUUAUCAUCUCAUACGGCCUGGGAAGAGAUAACAAGGAUGAUGGAAUUGCUUUUCUUAUAAAAUGAAAUUACUAAGGCAGGGGGUGGGGGGAAGGGAGGUGUAAAGCAGCCAUAAGAGGGAAAGGUUGCUUCAUUCACACUUUGUUCAGAGGUGAGGGAGGGGAGGAGGCUAGAAAGCCUGUUAUUUAAUUUCCAAGGGAUUCUUUUUAGGAACUGCAAAGUCCUCUGCUCUUGGUCCUCCUGCCUGCUAUGGGGAAUGAGGGGCUUUUCAAAGCUACUUUGCUGUAUUCUUUCCACUGAUAUGGAAAACUCCAGCUCACUUUCCAAUAAACAGUAUUUCUCUACCUCAA